AUGAAGCGUCGGCGCGGUCGCGGCAGGCGGAAGGGUAGACGAACCACAGCAGCCGUUACUGAGGAACAUGAGUCGACAAUUAAAAUAGUAAAAAAGAAUACUGUAUGCAAGGAUGGCGUUAUUCUAAAACGCUAUAUACAGGUUUACACGUUGCUGAAAAAUGGAUCAACAACGGAUGUCCCAAUCGCUCGGAGAGUGCCCGGUUGGGACACGCAGCAGUUGAAAAGAAGGAAGAAGAAGAAAAAGACACCGCACAUCAAUUAUGACACUUAUGAGCCGCCGUCUAAGGAUUUCGAAUCUUCCUUUGUAGAGAUGCCUAAAGAUUUAUACCAAGCUCACCUCAGACCCGGAGUUAUCUUUAGAAUACACAUGUCCGAAGCUAUUCUCAAAAUGCAAUACAGGAAUUAUGGCGAAGACAAAGACGAAUCGGUGAUAGAAGCAGACGUGGAGUACCUCCGGCUCACAAGGAAGGUGAUCAAUGACGAGAUCACGAAGUUCGAAGACCUGAAGUGGCUGAUCAGUUGGUUUAACAACCGUAGCGAGUUGAUCCAGGAACACACAUGCAAUACCAGAUAUUAUGCUGUCGGUAUACCGCCUACCAUGUUCACGCACUCUGAAGAAUAUAUGAAACGGAUGUGUCUAUUUGACAACGUGUACAUCGACCACAUACCAUACGUGAUUGGAGAAGACGGAUCCUUGCUAGCUAGUGUCGCGCCCCCCGUGUUGCACUGUGAUGCCGCCACCUGUACUUCAGUGCCGUUUAUUGAUAGUUUGAUGUUCGACGAGCGCUUUGCACGCACUAACGUUCGCACCGUCACACGUUGCCAAGCCAGCUGCCGCGCGCACUGCCGCAACGACGCCGACUGCUUGAAGCGCUGCUCCGACCGCUGUAUGCGCGCCGACUGACCAUAUAA